AUGUAUCUCAAAUCCCUCAUCAUCGCAGCCCUCGGCCUAGCCCCAACAGCCGUCCAGGCAACCUACCCCUUCUCCAACCCAGGCGACCUCGCCGCCGCCGACAAAUUCGACUACAUCCGCCAAGAACACAACGGCGUGGUCCAAACCGUCAGCAACGUAGUCUACAAAGGCACCACCGCCCUGAAAAUGACACAGACCUACGACCCUUCCUACACGGGGCGCUACCACUCCGAAGUCGACGUCAACGACGGCUACACGCGCGGUCAGGACCGCUUCUACGGCUUCGCCUUCCGCCUUUCGGAUUCAUGGCAAUUUCAGCCGCAGUCGUACAAUAUCGCGCAGUUCAUCGCCAACCGCCCCGGUGCGGGCUGCGGCGGGGAUGAUUGGAUGCCGUCGAGCAUGCUCUGGCUCGAGGGCGACCAGUUGACGUCGAGGAUCGUGAGCGGGCAGUAUCGCCAGCCGGAUUGCGGGCGGAGUAUUGUAAAGUAUGGGAACUUGACGACGGUUGAGCGCGGGGUGUGGCAUCGGGUUGUGAUUCAGGCUAGCUGGCGGAGUGAUGCGACUGGGUUUUAUAAGAUUUGGUAUGAUGGGGUUAAGGUGUUGGAAAAGUACAACGUUGCGACGACGGUGAAUGAUGAUAGUACUUUUCAGUUCCGUGUUGGGUUGUAUGCGAAUAGUUGGUAUGAUCAGGGCAAGUUGGAUGGCGAUCAGGGGUUCCGCCAGGUGUGGUUUGACGAGAUUGCUGUUGACUCGACUUACAAGGCGGUGGACCCUGAUCAGUGA